UUCCAUCUGCUGCUUGUCGCAAUCAGAUGCAGCAGCUUGAGCCUCCUCCAUCUCCUCCAUCGCCUCCAACGACAGCUCCUUUCCGUCCGUUGCCGUACGCGGAGAAUGCAGAAGCUGCAACCUCCACCGUCUUGCCGUCUCCCCGCUGAAUCCGUCGUGGCUUGACGAUCCUCCCCGUGCUCAGGACAGACGCAACCCGAACCAACUGCCUGCUCUGCUGCUACUGGAGAGACGUGCCGAGCUCUGCCAAAAAACCCCCACCAUCUGUGCGACCAGCGGCUUUGGGGGUUCGACUGACUCUUGUUCCGCGAUCGGGCUUCCACGAGCAGCUGGCUGGCAGAUCCUGACGCUUCGUCUCGCGGUGAUUGUCUCGCAGUCGCUCGCGGAGCGCUGAAGCAGCCAUGAUAUCAGGGCGAGGGGGAGCGGGGGCUCGAGGGCGCAUUCGCCCACCUCGUCGGAUCGUGCGUUCCCAGGCAGCGGGCGAGGGAGCCGAUUUCGAUGCGUGCUGGAACAUGAUCAAGGAAGCGCUAUACGACAUCCACAACAAGAGCUGCGGCCGUCUAUCCUUCGAAGAGCUAUACCGAGCGGCCUACAAGAUCGUCCUCAAGAAGAAGGGCGAGGUUCUUUACGAGAGAGUCAAGGAGUUCGAGGAGCAGUGGUUUGCCGAGCAUGCCAUCCCCAAGAUCGAAGUCCUCGUUACCAAGAGUCUCAUCAACAUGAGCGUUGAUGCCUCGUCGUCGGCCUCGGUCAGCGAGCGGCGCCAGACGGGCGAGAACUUCCUCAAGGGUCUGAGGGAUACUUGGGAAGAUCACAACAUGUCCAUGAACAUGACCGCAGACAUCCUCAUGUACCUAGACAGAGGCUACACGCAGCAGGAGCCCCGUCGGGUCCCCAUCUUCGCCACCACCAUUGCCCUGUUCCGAGACCACAUCCUGCGCUCUUGCCUGAAUGCGAACUCUGAUCGCUCGAUCGGCGACAUUCUGAUUUCCGUCAUGCUGGACCAGAUUGACAUGGAAAGGCGCGGAGACAUCAUUGACCGAAAUCUCAUUCGCAGCAACACCCGGAUGCUCAGUUGCCUCUACGAAACCGAGGACGAAUCCGAGAACAACAAGCUCUACGUCACUACCUUUGAGCCCCGGUUCCUUGCCAACAGCGAAGUCUUUUAUGCGCGAGAAUGCGAACGGCUGCUGCGAGAGUCCGACGCCAGCACCUGGCUGCGACAUACCGAGACCAGACUCCGUGAGGAAACAGAUCGGUGUGGCACUACCAUUGAGCUCGAGACUCUGCCCAAGGUGACAAAGGUGGUAGAGGAGAAGCUGAUUCUUGGUCAUCUCAACGACUUCCUCGCCAUGGAGGGUAGCGGCCUCAGGUGGAUGAUUGACAAUGACAAGAUUCACGACCUCAGCAUCUUGUACAGACUCAUCGCGCGAGUGGAUGAUGAAAAGACGGCGCUGCGUGACAUUUUGCAGAAGCGAGUUGUCGAGCUGGGCUUGGAGAUUGAGAAUGUGCUCAAGAACACCGAUUUCUCGACGGCGCAGGGCGAUGGCGAAGAUGGCGGAGAGGGCGACAAGGGCAAGACGCUGAACCCGGCCGCGCAGCAGACGGCAGCAGCCAUCAAGUGGGUGGACGACGUGCUUCGUCUCAAGGACAAGUUUGACUACAUGCUCCAAGAAUGCUUUCAGGGCGACCUGGUGCUACAGGCAGCCCUGACCAAGAGCUUUGCCGAAUUCAUUAACUUGUUCAGCCGAAGCUCGGAAUACGUCUCGCUCUUUAUCGACGAUAAUCUCAAGCGGGGGAUCAGGGGCAAGACGGAAGCCGAGGUGGACGCCAUCGUGGAAAAGUCCAUCGUCUUGAUCCGGUACCUGCAGGACAAGGACCUGUUCCAGACCUACUACCAGCGUCAUCUCGGACGACGACUGCUCCAUGGCAAGUCGGAGAGCCACGACGUCGAGAAGCAGAUUAUUUCGCGGAUGAAGCAGGAAUUGGGACAGCAAUUCACGACCAAAUUUGAGGGCAUGUUCCGAGAUCUCGUCACCUCUGCCGAGCUGACAUCGACAUACCGCGACCAUGUCCGCAAGCUGGACCCCGAAGACCACACGAUUGAUCUCAACGUCAACGUCCUCACGACCAAUUACUGGCCCUCCGAGGUCAUGGGGCGCAGCGCUCAGUCAGGCGAUAGUUCCAAAGCGGGAUGUACCUGGCCGGCCGAAGUCAAGAAGCUGCAAGCUAGCUUUGAGCAGUUUUACCUGACGAAUCGCAACGGUCGCAAGCUCACCUGGAUCGGCACCACCGGCAGCGCAGACAUCAAGUGUGUGUUCCCGGCGAUAGAGGGCAAAUCCGGGCCCUUGGCGCGGGAGCGUCGCUACGACCUCAACGUCCCGACGUACGGCAUGGUGGUCCUGUCGCUGUUCAACGACCUCAAGGAUGGCGAGAGCCUCAGCUUCGAAGACAUCCAGGCUAAGACGAGCUUGUCGACGGCCGAUCUCACGCGAGCGCUCAUGGCGAUUGCGGUAGCGCCCAAGUCGCGCGUGCUGGCCAAGGAUCCGCCCACCAAGAAUGUCAAGCCCGGCGACAGGUUCUCGUUCAACGCCUCGUUCCAGAGCAAGACGAUUCGAAUCAAGGCACCCAUUAUCAACGCCGUGUCCAAGGCCGAGAACAAGGAGGAGAGGAAGGCGACAGAAGACAAGAACAACCAAACUCGAUCUUAUAUCAUUGACGCCGCCAUUGUGAGAAUCAUGAAGGCGCGAAAGGAAGUCAGCCACUCGCAGCUGAUUAGCGAAGUCUUGUCGGUGCUGGCUGGCCGCUUCAAGCCCGACGUUCCCAUGAUCAAGAGGCGCAUCGAGGAUCUCAUAGUGCGAGAGUACCUGGAGCGUCCGGACGAGGAGGGCGCGCCAUCCAUGUAUCGCUACCUGGCUUGAUUCAAGCGGUGGCCAUUCGAUACGUGGGUAUGGGUAUGAGUAUGGGUAUGGGUAAGGGUUAGCUUGUGAUGAAUUACAUACCAGCAUAAGGGGAGGGCUCUCUGACUUUAGAUAUCUUCUUAAAACGCGGCAUGGCGUCCAGAGCUUAUUUUGCUUCUUCUUAUUCUAUGGUUUCGCAUACAUUUGGGGAUGAGGGAGCGAGAUGUGCGUCCAGGCAAUGGCAUAUUCCUUACAGCUGGAAGGCGAUAUAGGAGGGCAUUUACCUAGAUGAUGGUAUCAUGAUGGUCUUGGAACUGAAGGAAGUGGAUGGCCCAGGCAUCAGGAGGUCGGCAAG